UGCCAAAUAUGAAUUCGUUGUAAUAGAAGCAAUAUCUGAAAAGUGCGUCUCCUGAUAGAAAGUAGCUCCACUGGAAAGGCGCGGGGCAAUUCCGCCGCGCCGCAGAAUCUCAUCAUGUCUUCUCUCGCAGAUGAAUUACUCUCAAUCAAUUCAAUCUAUGGUGAAAAUACGCUCGAGCUUGAAUCUGCAGCACUUUCAGAUCCAAACAACGCGCCGUCGAUUUGCAUCCUUCGUCUCCCCACUCCUCCCUCAAUCACACUCCGCCUCGAGUUCCCUCCCAACUAUCCAGACGCUCCACCAUCAAUCCUCGGCACGCAGAGUGUAGGUCAUGACAUACGCAAAGGCUUUGGCAACGAAGUCGUGAACGUCGUCAGAGACACUCUAGCGAAAGUCUACGAGCCCGGCGCGCCAUGCAUCUUCGACCUACUAGAAGAUGUUGGCGAGGCCAUUGCACAACAAGAGGAGCGAAGGCCCGAACAACACUUAGAAGAGCACAACGUGGGCGAUGAAGACAAUGAGGAAGGGCAAACGACGAAGAAAGAUUGCUUUACACAGCAACCUUCGUCCAUGCUAGACCAUGAGCCUCUCUGGACACUUUCCGACCCGAUAAACGAGAAGAAGUCACUAUUCCUCGCGUGGGUCGCGCCCGUAAGCUCAACUGCCCAAGCACACGCCUACGUCUCGCAUCUUGUCUCCACGGACAAGAAAGUCGCCAAGGCAACCCAUAAUAUCACGGCGUGGCGGAUAGAGGGUGGAAAUGGCGCUGUCUUUCAGGACUGCGAUGACGAUGGCGAGACUGCUGCUGGGGGUCGACUUCUGCAUCUUUUGCAGAUCAUGGAUGUCUGGAAUGUUAUGGUUGUAGUGAGUAGGUGGUAUGGUGGGAUUAAGCUGGGUCCUGAUCGCUUCCGACUUAUCAAUCAGGUCGCGAGGAAUGGCUUGUUGAAGGCAGGGUUUGUGAAAGAAGAGAAGGAAGCAGGAUCGAAGAAGGGUAAAAAAUGAGCAUGAAUGCUGGAGUGGAUACAAAUAGUCUCAUGCUCAGCUGGAAUGCGUUCCUGGGCUUCUAUGUUUAUGCUUAGAUUCAAGCGUCAUCGAAUCUUUAGAAUUGUGAGAUACCUCAGUCUGCCAAUCUGGUAUUCAGAGCUGUAUUAGGCCUAGUAUAUAAGUAGGGGUCCUUCC